UCUCAUUCUUUUUUUUUGCCCUGCCAGAUUUCAAAGAUGAGCGUUUACAAGGUAGGUAUGUUUUGUUUUUGUCUAGCGUUGGAUAUUAUGAUGUUUGACAUUUAAUUCUCAUCAGUCUUAACGCAGAUGAACUUCGCAAACUUUUAAAAGCUCACUGCUUAGUGCCGAAUUGAUGAAUGUGCCAGUGAAUAUUCCUUUUGGCCCUGUAUACUCGUAAAUCGUCAGUUUAGUAACGUACUGAUUGCAACAGUGUAACUUAUUGUUAUUGGAGAUUCUUAUUGUAUUGAUUUUAUGAGUGUCAUAUGGAUUAAAUUAGCCCAGAAUUAUAAAAAAGGGUAACAACGGUCAUUCCUUAUUUUUUUUGUAAAAAUGUGAAAAAUUGAUGAUUUAGGUUACUCAUUUGUAAAAACUUUGUAUACCAACAUGGACAAUAAAGAAUUUGAAUUUGAAAAAUGAAGACGUUGUUUAGUUAAUAUUUAUACGAUUAUAAUUAAAUUUUAUUCAAAAUAUUGAAACAUGUCCGGUUUUUGUGAUGACUAGUGUAUUUUAGUAUAGUGCCAUCCCAAUAAGAUAACAAGGACACAAACGAAAUAAUUAGCUAAUUAUAAUCCCUCGAUUACUAAGUGGUUACCUGAAUGGCGAUAAGAGACAAUGCAAGUUUGGAGUCACCGGGUCUGCUGAGAGAAAGGGUGAGUCAUUAAGGGUUUGCUGAAAGACCUAAAGGUCGUUGUAAGCUCAAGUCGGGCUUAGCAGAGCAUCAGUCGUGCCUAGUGCUUUGACGUGAACGAACACCAGUAAUCCAUAAACUUUUUACAAUGAGCUCUAUCGACAUCAUGUCAUGCUCAGUAGAUGAGUUGCUAGCGGAUAUAGAACAGCAGUACCAGAACGUGAGCGCUCCGCAAUUUACUCCCGGCUAUGCUGCUGAAAAUGCAAGCCCUUCCAAUACCAUUUCUAAUGCCCAGCCUCCUUGUCCGAACCUGUUCCACGAGGGCGCCACUCACGCCGACUGGGAUCUCUUCAAUAAUUUAUCAACGGCCGCCAAUACUCCAGACUUCUCUGCGCCAUCGGCGGCGCCAGGUUUGGGGCCUGCUUUGCCUCCAAAGCAGCAUGUCGCCCAAAUUACAUUUGUUCCUUCGGCUGAUGGUCUUAAGCCUCUGGUGACUCGCAAACGCAAACGCACCGCGUUCUCCACCGAGCAGGCCUUGGCGCUGGAACAGCUGUUCCAGGCGCAGCAGUUCGUGACCAAGGAGGAGCGGUGCACGCUGGAGCAGCGGCUGGGGGUCAAUGAGCAGGCUAUUAAGGUCUGGUUCCAAAACCGCCGCCUACGUUUCAAGAAAGAAACGGAGGAGGUGGCAUUGGAACCAACUCCAAAAAACAACAUCUUCGCCCACACGGAGUGGCUCAUGGGACGUGCGGGCGAAGAUGGGACGGUAACACUUGACCAGGUGGCAAUAAGCGAGCUGGUCAGCGCGAUCGACAAGUGCCUGCCAAAAGAUCUGGACUUGUCCACCUUGUCCGAGUGUCAAAAGCCUGUGCCGUUUGUCGACCUUACCGACAGCGACUCGGACUUUUACGAGCCGAUCUCUCCACCAGAGGUUGGCGCGUCAAAUAGUUCGAGUUGCCUGCAGUAUGAUUGGAAAACGGAACCAAUUGAUCCCAAGCAAUCUUUGCAAAGAUUGUUUGAUGUACAUAGUAAAUAUUAA